AUGACAUCCCGAUUGGAUAGACUUCUUCUUCUCCUCGAUACGGGCUCAUCGCUGUCCGUGAGGAACACAGCAGCGAAGCAGCUCGCUCAGUUAGCUGCCAAGAGCGUAAUCAGUGACCUCCCCGUAGAAGACGAUAUCAAGUCAUCCAGCCGGCUGCACACCACUGUCGGUGACAGUUCAGCAUGGUCGGAACUCCUGGCCGUAGUAGCACGAAUACUACCGUAUCUGCGUUCGAAGAGCCACGAUACCAGGACGGCUGCUUCAAACGCACUUUCGCAAAUAUUUUCCUUGGUACCUGUAUGGCGACCACAGGACGAAGAUGUAAAACCUCCACCAGAUCUUCCAGCCGACCCUCCAGAAUUUCCUACCUUUUCGGUACAAGAACUAAUGCAAAAGGGUGCCUUACUCCUGGCAUCAUCUGGCAAAGAGUUUGCAAAGCCCUUCAAGCUAUUGUCCAACCCAGCUGAGGUACAACGCGCACGCAGAGAAGCAAUGGGCAGGCUUGGUUUAGAUUUCCUUGAUAGUGUGGGUGCUGCAGACGACAUGGACCUAGACAAGGAGCUCGCGGCCGACGCAGAGUCGGAAACUGAGCCCUCUCCUCCCGCUAGGUCUCAUUCAAAUUCUCCUGCCGUGCCUUCACCCAUAACACCUUCAACACCAGCGAAUGGCAGCGAUCUGGAAGGUCUUUCCGCUCGAGAGCGCAACCGGUUGAAGCGCAAGCGUAAAGCUGGGAAUUCUGCUUUUGUAACAGCUCCGCCGCCUACGAACGUCGGAACACGUUAUACCACCGCUCCCGCAGGGUCUUCUAGCAAGUAUGGAGGUUUACCUUUUAACUUUUGUUUGAUUAAGUCUGGUUUCCUAAUCCAGCGACUAAAGGUUCCGCGCCAGACACAGUUAGUCAUUGACCCUUCCAAGGGCGGUGCGGUGUCGCCGAAAUCAGCGCAGCAAUCCCAUGCACUGGAGGUAGCAUCGGGUUGUUGGGUGUGGGGUGGGAUCGUUUCCGUUCUAGAAAUAGAUAUUUUUUCACCUGCAUGGGAGACUCGGCACGGCGCUGCCAUGGCGCUCCGUGAGCUUCUGAAAACCCAAGGGACAUCUGGGGGGAUGAAAGAUCAUGUUUCCGUGGAAGAGAAUGCGCGAGCUCACGAAGAAUGGUGCAACCACCUUGCUGCCAAGCUGCUCUGCGUCUUUGUUCUGGACCGCUUCGGCGAUUUCGUCUCGGAUCAGGCAUGUGUCUCAUCUCUUCUUAGCAGAUUGUGUCUGAAUGGAGUUCAGGUAGUUGCCCCUGUCCGCGAAACUGUUUCGCAAACACUUGCUUCUCUGCUACUUCAUAUGCCUCUACGCUCCGUGGUGCAUGUCCACUCUAUUUUGCUGCAGAUGAUAAGGCAAGAUUUUCCACUUCCGUCCAAGGCCAAGACAGGAAAGGUAGAUGAAAGGAACCAUGUGUGGGAGGUGCGCCACGCGGGUCUCUUGGGGAUCAAGUAUGAAGUCGCGGUUAGGAGCGAUUUGUUCGGUGCCCCCGAGAGCGAAGGCGAGCUUGACGUCGGAAAGUCCAUCUUGCAAGGCGUCGUAGAUGCAGCGGUACUUGGUCUCGGGGACCGAGACGACGAUGUUCGCGCUGUUGCCGCAACGUGUUUACUCCCUGUCGCGGGCCGCUUGGUGGAGCGUUUCCCCGAAUCACUAGAUCGCGUUUUGGCUGUCCUCUGGAAUUGCUUGCGAGAUAUGAAGGAUGACCUCAGUUCCAGUGUAGGUGCCGUUAUGGAGCUACUCGGCAAACUCGUCACUUACAACAAGGUUACCGAUAUCCUUGCCAAUCCCGACCUGUCUCUCCCUUUAAUAGAACUCGCCCCUAUGUUGUUCCCGUUCUUCCGGCACACAAUACCAAACGUCCGCCUGGCAGUUGUCCAGACCCUUUUGUCGUUCAUGACUGUGCCCUCCCUUCCUCGAGAUUGGGUAUCAACAUUCUUCUUGCGUCUGCUAUUCCAAAAUCUAAUUGUCGAGGAACGCGCCGACAUACGUGCCGCAUCCCUGGCGGCCUGGCGGACAGCAAUGGAGGUCAUCUCUAGCGAUCAGGACCUAAUAAAACGAAUUGUGCAGCAGCAAACAGUUCUCGACUGGUAUGCAGUCAUGAUGACACCACUCGGUGUUCCCAUUGACAGUUCGACAUUUUACCGACCAACCUUCGGCGAUGAUGGGCCUGGCGAUACCACAGAAAGGCAUAAUGUGGACAGGAAUAUUUUGGCGCAAGACCUAGCUCUGAUUUCUCCCGAAGUCAACCUUCAGGCCCGCGUCGCAGCAGCGACCGCACUAGCACUCCUGAUUGCCUAUUGGCCUCCCUCAUCAGUCGAUGAGCUCUUUCAGCCUAUUCUUGUGCACUACAUGGAUUCAACAAGUAUGCUACAAAAGUUUCUGGCUGCAAUCGUUUCCGAGGAAUGGGCUCGGGCUUAUGAGGAUUCCGACUCGACUAUCCCCAUCUUGGAUCGCUAUCCGCUUGCGGCGGAGCUCAGUUCUAGAUCCCUCGCAUUUUUACAGGCAGAGCCACCCAUCGCGUACCACGAGAUGGCAUUUACCCUCCACCGCAUUCACACUGAGUGUUACUCACUUCUUCACUGUUUCGCUAGCGAUUGCAAAAUACCUAUAUCCCUUAUACCGCAUCUGGGGAACGAAAUCGACGUCACUGGCACCAGAGCGGACUGCUUCACGAUCGAGACCGCCCAGCAGGCUGUGGGUCCGAUGUACACGAAGCUCAAAGACAGUCUGGGUAGAACCAAGAAGCGUGAACUGGCAGCCAUCGCAGAAAAGAGACAGAAGGUGGCUCAGAACAUUGAUCAUUAUGCGGAAAUCAAAGCCCAGCAUGAUACUCGCGUCUCCGCCGCGCUUGCUGCUGCGUUCGUAGCCUUUAGAAGUGCUCCAGAUAAAAACGAGGAAAAUUUGGAUCUGCAGACCCGCUCCGCUGUCGCUGUCGCCAACUUUAUUGACUUCUGUGUGCAACACGAUAUCUCCCAGCCUCCCGACAAAAUCGUCAAGAAUCUAUGCACAUUCCUAUGCCAAGAUGUGGACCAAACGCCGACUUUCGCGUACUCGCAGACAACACUGAAAGGCAUCCUCUCUUUGCAAUUGUGGUCGAAAGCUGCUGCUAGUAAGAGCGUGAAGGAUGUUCAAGACAAGGACAAGGAAAAGGGCGAGGCUUCGAAGUCAGAAGGGGAGGCUGCGAGGGCAAAGUUGUCUCGAAGAGGAGCUGGCCUUGCCUUCCAGAAGUUGUCUGCAAAGUUCGGUUCGCGACUGCUGGAUGUCAUCCCCAAGAUGUGGCAAUCCAUGGCUGGUGGAUUGUUGAGCGCAUGUAGUGCAGAAUCACCCCAAGAAGCAGACGCUCUCAUGGAAAAGCAAUAUGGUCAAGAUGUCAUCGAUUCCCUGAGCGUCCUCGGGGCUGUUGUGCCGACCUUGCAUUCUGACCUUCGACCUCGGGUUUUGGAGUUGUUUCCAGCCAUGACAAUAGCUCUGCGAAGUCGGUAUGCCAUUAUCCGCCAAUCUGCUGCACGUUGUUUCGCGACAAUCUGCGACGUCAUGACCACCGAUGCCAUGCGAUACGUGGUCGAGAAUUUCAUCCCCCUUAUGGGAGAUGCGGUUAUGUUGUCAAACCGACAGGGCAUUGCCGAAGCUGUCUACCAUAUUGUCCAGAAGCUGGAUAUGAAGACUCUUCCAUAUGUUCUCUUCCUCAUCGUCCCAGUGCUUGGUAGAAUGAGUGAUCCAGAUGAUGAUAUACGAUCAACCGCGACCAACACCUUUGCUUCGCUGGUUAAGAUGGUACCACUAGAGGCUGGUUUGCCAGAUCCGCCAGGUUUUUCCGAGGAACUCCUGAAGCGACGUGAAGAAGAACGGAAGUUCCUCACCCAACUUCUAGACGGCAGCAAAGUGGAGCCGUAUACGGUUCCUGUACCCAUCAAAGCGGAACUUCGCAAAUACCAGCAAGAUGGCGUGAAUUGGUUGGCGUUCCUGGCCAAGUAUCAAUUACAUGGUAUACUCUGUGAUGAUAUGGGUCUCGGUAAGACCCUUCAAUCAAUUUGUAUAUUGGCCGGCAAACACGCGGAACGUGCGAAGAGACACGAAGAGACCAAAUCGGCUGAUUCCGUCCACCUGCCGUCCCUAAUCAUAUGCCCACCUACAUUGACUGGCCACUGGUACUAUGAAAUAUUGAAGUACACCGAAAAUCUUCGUCCCAUCCUCUAUAUUGGCAGUUCGAAGGAUCGUGCGAAGAUCGUAUCGAAGAUCUCCACUACGGACGUCGUCAUUACCUCGUACGAAGUCGUCCGCAAUGACAUCUCCAGCCUGGAAGACAUAAAUUGGCUAUACUGCGUCCUCGAUGAAGGACACGUUAUCAGGAAUGCUAAAACAAAAUUGACGAAGGCGGUAAAAGCCAUACAGGCGCAGCAUCGCUUGAUUUUAUCGGGCACUCCAAUACAAAAUAAUGUCCUUGAAUUAUGGAGUCUAUUCGAUUUUUUGAUGCCAGGGUUCUUGGGCACGGAAACCUCGUUCAACGAGAGAUUCAGCAAGCCGAUUCUAUCAAAUCGUGACGGAAAGGCGAAGUCUGGCGAAGCUGCUGCGUUGGCACUCGAGGCACUCCACAAACAAGUCUUACCAUUCCUGCUCCGUCGUCUAAAGGAGGACGUACUCAAUGAUCUACCGCCGAAAAUUAUUCAAGACUACUAUUGCGAGUUGUCCGAGGUCCAAAAGACACUUUACGACGACUUCUCCAAGUCACAGGCGAAAGUUGAAGCAGAGGGCGUGAUCCGUUCCAAAUCCACCGGGACGGCUAAGGAGGGUGCCCAGCAACAUGUCUUCCAGUCACUUCAGUACCUCCGAAAGCUUUGCAACCAUCCUUCACUGGUCACGGGAACGAAUGCGGAUGCCGUGACGGCGGCUCUGGCCAAGGCACGAUGCAAAGUUGAGAACCUCAGUGAUAUCCAACACGCGCCAAAACUGCAGGCUUUGCGCCAAUUGCUGAUUGACUGUGGCAUUGGAGGAGGCCUUCCUGUUUCCUCCGACGCGGGGAAGACGGAUGCUUUGGAAGGCGUUACAGAAACGAGUGGUGCAUUUUCUCAACAUCGAGCUCUGAUCUUUUGCCAAAUGAAACAAAUGCUGGACAUAAUCGAAAACGACCUGUUCAAGCACCAUAUGCCGUCCGUGACCUAUAUGCGACUCGAUGGCAGCACCGAUCCUAACAAGCGACAUGCUAUCGUUCAAACCUUCAAUGCAGACCCUAGCAUCGACUGCCUUCUGCUGACAACACAUGUCGGUGGUUUGGGCUUGACAUUAACGGGAGCCGACACGGUCAUUUUCGUGGAGCACGAUUGGAAUCCUAUGAAAGAUCUGCAGGCCAUGGAUCGAGCUCAUCGCAUUGGUCAGAAGAAAGUUGUGAAUGUGUACCGCCUAAUUACGAAGGGGACCUUGGAAGAAAAGAUCAUGGGCUUACAACGCUUCAAGUUGAAUAUCGCAAAUUCCGUCGUCACCCAACAAAAUUCUGGCUUAGGAACGAUGGACACCGACCUCGUCCUCGAUCUGUUCAGGCGUACUUCCGAGGAAGAGGAUGCUGCAGCUGCGGCGAAGAAGGUCAAAGAUACAUCUGGCCCUGUCAGCCAGAAGAACAUUUUACAAGGUCUUGACGACCUUCCUGCCGAAGAAGAGUACGAGGGCUUAGACCUUACAAGUUUCAUGGGUUCUCUUGGGAUGCAUAGUCAACUGUAA